UGCCGGUCGUUCACAUUUUGCCGUGGAACCAUCGCACGAGGCAUCACGGUGCGAUACUGCUUCCAAUGCACACCGUGCUUCCUUUCGAUCGAACGACAMACGCGUGAGAGAAUCCACUUCUCGAGAACUACCGGUGCAACURCCAUUACCGGUGUCUCGYGUUGCGUUCAACACUACACUACCCACCAAACCUUGUUUGUUUGUUAGCUCACUCCUCACCCAACAACAACUAGCUGCGACUACUAUUGCUUCAUUGGUUUGCACUGUCGACAGAAAUACGAGAAGGAUCGAAACGAAAAACGAAAACAAAUACGACAAACCCGGGUCUCAUUGCAUCGAGACGCAUCGCAUCGCAACGCAUCGCAUCGCAACGCAUUGGAUUGCAUCUCUCUAGAAAUUGUUUAUUGUAGACGAUUUGUGCCACCGCAGCUGUUGUUCGUGACGCAACAAUCCAAACCGAACAAAAGAUGACAAAGAAAAAAGAAGAAAAGAAGGUUUCGCUCCUCCAGACGACGAGGACCAAGAAUGCCGGCACCGGCAAGUUCACCCUCCCGUUCUUCCACUCCGGCAAGCCCCAGUCCCCGGUGAAAAAGAUCAAGGUCCCGAAGAACUUUCUCGUCGAAGACGGGACGAAAAUAUCGGACGUGACGGACCCCUACGGAGACACCCGGGACGCGAACCAGGCCGCCGGCAAGGCGAAGGCAACCCCCGCGGCUGCCGUCGCCGUUGCCGCCGUWGCCUCGCACAAGGUCCAGCCGGCACCCUGCAACGGACCGAACGCCCAGAAAACGAACCCCGCCGAGGCCGGGUCYACCGAGUCGAGCAUUCCCGGAAUGUCCCUGAACGCCGGACAAAACUCGGUGGAUUUUUCCGUGACCAAGGCCUUUGCGAACGGCGACGCCGGACCAAAGCCGGCGUCGGGAUUUCUCUCCCUCUGGCCCAUCUCCACCGAGCCCCCGCCCGCGGCGUGCACAGCGAUGCCCGAGCCACGCCGUUCGGACAAGGUCACCAACCCCGUCAAAAACUUUUCUCCCCGGUCCCCCCGGUCGCCAAAGGCACCCAUCCGGAAGAUGGCCCAGUCACCCAAAAAGGCGCCGCGAUCGCCGAAAUCCCCGCGAAGGACCGCCCUCGCGGCGUCCAAGRUGAAGACGGUGGACAUCAACAAGGGGCUCAAGUUCUCCUCCCCCGCUCCCAUGACCAUGAGCCGCUGCCAGCCGCAGAUGACACAGGAAAAGGCGGCCCCGGCCUCCAAGGACUACGACAAGCUCCAGGCGSAGUGGCUGAAGGAAACCGAGGAGAAAAAGGCGGCCGAGGCACGCCGCAUCCUCGAGGCCCAGUUCGAGGACUUUAACAACGAAAACAACCACCUCGUCGGAAACAAAAAGUCGCUCGUCAAGAAAAUCCUGGGAAAAGUCCUGCCAAAGUCUUCCGCCACCAAAAAGGUCUCGGCCAUCGAGGCGGCCAUGGCCGCGGCCGCCGCCGCCGUCGAUGCGGCGGCCUUCAAGAACACCGGAGGGAACGGCCACCCCAGCGAGGAGGAAGCCAGGGCGCUCGCCCAGCAGGCCCUCCUGGCGUCCAAGCAAAAGAACGCCAAGGACGCCGCCGAUCAAGAGCCCCGCCUGCCCGGAGCCGUCUUCCACACCUAUGCGGUCACCGAUGCCGAUCGAAUGGCUUCCGACAACAAUGUUGGAAGCCACGUCUUCUCCGACUUUCCCAUCAGCGAGGUGACGGUCCGCAGGGGAGAUUCCAUCUCCGACCUGGACGCCUCCGUGAAAAACCCGAGAAAGUUCCCCGUGGCRGAAAUCAUGAUGAACAACGACACGCACCGCAAGCAUGACGACGGGUCGGUCUCGACCCUAGGGGUCCCCCGGGUCUUUGGACAGCUGGUGGACCACCUGCUGUCCGAUCCCCGCCGGGGACACCAGCACCCGGUCACCGGUCCCGUCACCUCCGAACUGGAGGGGAGCGACUUUGGUGGCUCGGCGCCUCCUCCCGACAUGGUGACCUCCCACGACGCCAAGGCCCUGAUCGACCAGCUCGACUCCGGAACCCUGCUCGGAGACGCCACGGCGGGAACCAUCGACAACGAGGUCUACGGGUGCAACAUAGGCAACAUCUGCUUUCUGCCCGACGAGCAGCCGGUCGUCCUCACCCGGGAAACCCAGAGGUCCGAUUCCCGCGUCGAAACAGAGUACACCGAAUACAGCGGCAGCUACGAAUCGAGCUUCGAAACCGGCCAAUCGAACGAAGAACCGGAGCCCUCUUCCCUCAACGAGGCCAUCGACAACGCCAUCCGGAACCACGGGAAACGGAUCUCGACGAAUGGUGCGAUGCCCUCGUCUGCCGUCGCCGAGAGCCGGCAGAGCACAAGCCCCCUGGCGAGCCCGCACAAGAGCCCGACCCGAGAGGCUCCCGUGGCGGAUCACUCGCCGGUGCAAUUCGAUUCCUUUAUGAAUCUCGCGGCCUCGAUGCUCCAGAUCGCCGAUCCCAACAACAGCCAGAGCGACGGCCUUGCGUCGAGCGGCGACGACACCGAGAAGCACUCGCUGCGGAGUGAACGCGCAAACGCAAACGCAAACGCAAACACACCGAAGAUCCGGGGGGACAACCGGCGUUUCUUCGGAUCUAGAUCGGGCGACUCCGUCCCCUUUUCCGACGACCAGUUCGAUCUCCUUCCCAGCGGACAGCCCGCCCCGGAACCAAACCACCCGCGGUCCCCGGUGCGGACGGCGGCCGCCUCGAAACAAGCCGAGCUCGAGCGCAUCGAGCGGCAACAGGCGAGAAAGAAGCUUCUCAUGGAACAGGGACGCUUCUUGCUCGAGAAAGACGAUGAAUACUGGGAUACCCUGUCUACCAUUGCGUCCACGGCCAAGGACGAGAAGAGCUCGGACAGCGACGAGUACAUGGACGAGGUCGCUCCGCCGUCCGGACCGAUCCCGGGCGAGAUCACCACGUCCAGCAGCGACGUACAGGAUCCCAUUCCCAUCGAYGCCGAGGCAUCCUWUGCGUCYCUAUCCCAGAGCCAGGCGCACUGGGAUUCCGAGAAACAGAUCCAGGCCAACCUCGACGAAAUGAUGAACGACGUCACGGACCUCAUCGAUGCCGAGCUGCUGGACAGGCUCCCCUCCAACUACAACCACAAGGCGUCCGGUCCRUCGCGGCCGAGGCCCGAGGCGAUGGUCGGCCGGCCACGAAACGCGGACCAGAGCUACGGUGGAGACUUUGCCAGUGCGGCCUCGCACAUUGCCAAGAAAAUCAGCUGGGGAUUCGAAGAGAUCUUCGAGGACAAGAACGAUCACUCGGAAUCCGRUUACUACACCAGCGCCUCCGAGGGAACGUCUAACUUCAGCUCCUCCUUCGUGAGGGAGGACCAGCCCAACCCCGAAUUGGUCCGGAGACAGCACUUCCAAAGACCASCGACUCGUCACACCAAGACCAGAACCACCCCGAUGGAAACGGUAGAAGAGGARGAUUUGCUCACUCGCACGCUCGAGAUUUCGAAGGGCCUCCUGGAGACCAUCAUGGGAAGCCAGGUGAUGAAGGACAAGGAAUUGCGCGAGAGGCAAUACGACGACGACGACGACGACGGCCACGACACCGAGAGCCGGGACGAAUCGAACGACCGGGCCGGAGGGGRAACCAUCGGCUCCCCGGCGAUCCAGAACCGGCUCGAGCUCCUCCGGCUGCAGCGGGCCGAGGCCCUCRCAAAGUUCCGGCAGUCCCAGGGGGGACGCCCCUCGCCGACCCUUGGCGGUGCCACCAAGCGGGAUCGUGACCGCUUGAAGCACUACACCGUGAGCCAYGGGCUGGGAAAGACCAUGRCCUCCGGCCCCCGUUCCGGGGUCGGUGGCCGCCGGGUGUCGAGGAGCAUGUUCGACCCCGCGCUGAGCGAGCAGUCCUCGCAGAGCGGGUCGGUCUCGGACAUCGACCUGAACUACACCACCUCCGAGUCCAGCGCCGGUGCCUCCGACACGCCCUCCCAGAGGGCCCGGGACCUCCGGAUGCAGAUCGAGGACGCCAUGAAGGCCUCGAGGGAGAUCCAGGUAUCGAACAACGCACUCGGAAACGAGCUGAGCUCGUUCAAGCAACGGUAUUACAACCCAGUUCUCACGGAGAUCUAGGCAGGGACCKUACCGAGGGCUUUCCGAGGCCCCCAUUUCACAUAUGGUUGUUGUAGCGAUGAUAAAAAAUGUUUCAUAAAAAUAGGAGUGAUUUCGUUAUGGCAGURCUAAAUCAAGGAUUUCUAUGUUUAUUGUGUUGAGAUGACAUCACGAGUGCGAAUACUAGAAAGUAAGAAGAAAGGUUUUGUAUACGUUAUCGAUGUCGCAGUUGCGCCUCACGUAGUCUGUAUCAGUAGUUCGUACUCGCAUGGCUUGCGAGCCCUUCCGUGUGUUGAGUCCGGUUUCGAACGAGGUGACCCCGAAUAGUAAGAGACAGGUUCCGAACGGCUGGAUAGACAUCGCGUUUCUGCCACGCGAUUCACCGUUGACAUCCCCUCCCCUCCCGGUGUUGCGAGUCCCGCUCAGUCCGUCCCCGGGCCAUCGUUUCGCUCUUGGACAACCACGACGUACCAUGCCACCACGAGGACAAUCCCGGUCACCACCGAGGCCAACAAACAAUGGUGCAAGCGCCUGGAUCGUUCUCGUUGCAACCGCCGGGACGCGGCCUUUGCCUUGACCGCCUUCAUAACCCGACGUUCUUGGGGGAGGAACAUGAGCUCGAACCUGGACAGAUUCUCGAGACUGUUGUUGCUGUUGCUGUUGCUGUUGCUGUUGCUGGCACUAGUGCCGGUGUGCCCGCUGGCCUGGCUGUGCCCACCAACGCUCUCCUCGUGGAAUUGGCUCUCGCAGUCGCGGUCGUAUUGGCAGUGGCUGAGAAUCUUCGCUCGCUGGUGCUUGACGUAAUUCASGUCCAUUCCCUGAUACAAGGGAUAYUUCAACUUCCAUUCUAUGAUUCGCUGUUGGAGGCGUGGAUCGCUUCUGAGCACGUGAUCCCAUUUCUGGUGUCCACUGUCCCCCAUAGCACCACCAAUUUGCAUGUUGUGGCUGCUGCUACUACUACUACUACUACUACUACUACUACUACUACUGAAUGCAUGGGCUUGGAUCAUGGGUUUCCGUGAAAUUGGACAAAUGGCCGGUUGUCCGUCGUUCGAAGCCGAGGUCGUUUCCAGCCACUCUAGUAUUGCUCUCCGCUCAAAAACAUGUCCGCACCUGUCGCGGACCGGAUCUUCCAUAAUCUGCAGUGUUAGGGGACAGAUGUAGUUCUGUGGCGGGGUAGGGCUCUGGGGAUGGUAGUGAAUGCAGUGGCGUGCGAAGCAGUCGCAGUCGCAUUCGUCGUCGCUCGGAAAGGGAGCUUGCAACGCCGGGCGGAGCAUCUCGUCAUUGUCGUCGCUGGCAUCGAUUCCAUAAUCAAUGUCGUCGCAUUCGUCGAUGCAGAAAUUUCGGUAGUCUUCUGGAUCGUGKCGCGGCGUCCGGGCGAUCCCGUGUUGCCCUUGCUCGUCUGCUUCGACGGUGCCGUCCGUGUUUUUGUUGUCUUCGUCGUUGUCGUGGUCUUCUAUCGCAACCCUGCCGUACGGCGAUCGCCCGCGGCGGCCAUGGAGAACGGCCGUGUUUGCUUUCUCGAUGCUUCCCACGAGGGAGCACACCAAGUCUUUUCCCCGUUGCGUUGCGGGUAAUGGUGAUCGUGGCAUUCGGAUUGUUUCUUCCCUCUUCGAAUGCUGAUACGUUUUGAAUGUGGCGGAGCAAUUGGAUGUUUUCCUGCUUGGUUGAUUAAAACUGAUGGAUCAAUUGGUUGGUUGGUUGGUUCGUUCGUUCGUUCGUUCGUUCGUUUGAUUGACUGGUUCUUCUAUUGUUCUUCUUGAACCCUUCUGGUUUGUGUUGAUAGCCGUGACAGACGGUUUGUAUUUGUUCUCUUGUUUCAGUCUUGGAUGCGCCAUGAGAGAAUCGAAGGGAUAAUUAGUAACGUCGCGGGCGAGCACAAAUUCGCUGGAAACCGUUUUCUAGGAAUAGAUCACGAGUAUGUAC